ACAGGGAGGAGUGAAACUUUAACUAGCAAGUUCAGAGAUUGCCAUGGCGGUGCUGGAGACAGUAGAAGCAGUGCUGAAGGGCCAGGGCAGCUUGCAAGAUGUGGAGCAAGUUGUGCAAAACAGUGGCAGGCCGCCUCAAUUGGAUGCCCUGAUGGCCGCAAUAAAGGCCCGGAGCCUUCCGAUGGUAGAGCUUUUAUUGGAGCGAAAAGCAGAUGUAAACAGUCAGGACAGCAAAGGUGUCAGCCCUUUGCACAUGGCUGCCUUUGAGGGACGACCGAAUUUGGUGCGGCUGCUGCUGAAGACUGGGGCAGAUCCAAACUUGAGGGACCGCCAUGGGCAAUCGCCCAUUUUCUUUGCUCCCACGCGUCAAGUAUGUGAAAUGCUCAUCUUCAGGAAGGCAGACCUUGCCGUAAUCAAUGCAAAGAAACAAACUCCUUUACACUUCGUAGCUCAUGCUGGGCUCCACGAUGUGGCUGGAUCUUUCCUUGAGACCUUUCAGCCCUCAGCUUUGGAUGCCCCAGAUGUGGCUGGGCAUUCGCCGCUGCUUUACGCCUCGAAGUCGAAGGUUAAGACAAUUCAUUCAUUUCUCAAAGCAUUCGCGGAUGGCGCAGAGGCCACUGCAGAAGCACCAGCUCCGGCUGAAGUGAAAGAAGAAGCAUUCGACGAGCAGACGUCUCUCAGGAUUCCGCCAGUCCACGUGGAAAGUGCAUUGGAGCUCAAACCCGACAAAGAAGUUUUGGCGACGCCUCAGACCAAAUGUCCAUCAGGGCAUGACCUGGUGCCCUUUGAGACUCCAGAGGAUGACUUCUUAUGUAGUGUUUGUGAGUGCGAGUUUCCGAUGUCGACCAUUUUGUAUGGAUGUCGCUCUUGCGACUAUGACCUUUGCAGGGAAUGCUUGGCACACACGGUCUUCCAUCAAUCAGGUAGAGAUUUUGUUGCUGCAUUCCCGGAACUCCAAGAGAUGAGUACGUUUGGCGAGAGUGGCAAGUCCUUGCUGGUAGGCACCGAGGAAGACCUUCAACCAAAGACCGAGUCGGAACCGGAUUCUUUUGCUUCCCAGCAGUUCUUCGCGGAGGAGGCAUUAGGUAGCAUCACGGAGGAGAAUGGCUGUCUAUUUUGGCAAGUCCUCCUGAAAAAGGAAACUGCCACCGACAAGUAUGGCUUCGCUCAGGCCAACGGCCGGCUGGAGUUUGAGAUGCGCCAAGGCAAAGCCAAGCAGAUCCUGGAGGGUCCACACAUGUUGGUCGUGAAGCGGGUUUACUCCACUGGUCUGCUUGCCAAAUGGAACGAGCGAGUGCCACAACUAGAGGUCGGGCCACAGGAUCGGAUCAUUGCAGUGAAUGAUGAGAACACAGCGGAGGGUAUGGCAAAGGAGAUUCAUCAGCCGCGGAUAUUUCUUCAGAUGAUGAGGUUCCCUGAGCGCUUCAUCGUAGCUCUGAGCAAAGAGAACGGGGUGAAGUUGGGCUUCCGCUUUGAGCGGCCGCAAGGCAACUUUGCAGAGGAGGUGCGCAUCACCGAAGUGAUGGAGGAGGGUGCCAUGAUGGCUUACAACAAGACGCAAGUCAAUUUGGGUCGAUAUGCCUUUGUGGUAUUGGCAGAUAUGCGAAUUGAUCGUGUGAAUGAUGUGUGGGGUGAUGCAGAACUCAUAGCUGCAGAGCUCAAGUCCGCAACCAACGUGGAGCUUUAUAUCCGCCGAGCUGAGCAUGCUGGUUCACCCACAGCUUAAUUAAUACAACGCUUUCAGCUGAGCAUUAGCUCACCAUGCUUUGAAGUUUCUGUGUUUCCGUGAGCUCCACUAUUGGUCACACUCGUGUGUGUGUGUGUGUGGGGUUGUGUUUGUUUGUGUGUCUCCAGAGCACUGUAAAGACAAGCAAGAAGGUAGCUAAGUAGGAGCCACCAAUGGCUCCAUAUUUUGAGGCCAAGCCUCAAAAACUGAGACGUCCUGACGUUCUGUUUUCUCACCCCUGAGACCGACUUCAAGCUCUCUCUUAAGGAGACGUAG